AUGGCGGACGAUGCAGCGGCAUCAGCAACAGCAGCAGUGUCGGCGACGAGUGCACCACCAAGUGCCGGAGGACGAGCCGCAACGAUGGCUGCUGCCGCCGCCGCCGCCGGGUCGCUGCCAGCGGGUCCAGUCUCCAAGGAGGAGGAGAGCAUGGCACCUGCUGCUGAACAACAACAUCAACCACAGCUGCAGCAAGCGGUGCCUGCGCCGACAGAGGAGCCACAAGAAGACGUGGGGCUGCCGCCGCCGCCGCCGCCACUGAGGGAAGCGCCAUCCACAAACAAAGAAGGACCUGGCACAACAACGGCAGCAGAUGUCGCAGUCGGCAGCACAAGCCACAUCGACGGGACAGCCAUAAGCGGAGGAGGAGGAGGAGGAGGAGGAGGAGGAGGAGGAGGAGGAGGAGGAGGAGGAGGAGGAGGAGCCGAGGCGGCGGCGGGCGUCUCGUCGGAGGUUGUCCCCGGUGCGACGGUGGUUGAGGCUGCUGCUGCUGGAGUCAAGCAUUCGGCGGCGACGGCGGCGGCGGCUUUUGCUCCUCAAGAGGUCGCGUCACAUGGUAGCGGUAGCAACUCGGCACUGACAGGUGAGGUUGAUGGAGGUAGUAGUGGUAGUGGUGGUAGUGCUGGUGGGACUGGUGGCCAACACAACCAUCCUGUCUUCUCACAACUGCGGUUUACACCAGGACCACUACUACCGCCGGCGGGGCCGCGGAGCUCUGCCUCGGCACCGGCAUUCACCAGCAGACCGGGCCCGGCGUCGCCGACAUCCCCUUCUUCACUUGCAAGUGGUGGUGCUGGUGGUGGUAGUAUCAGCGGCAUUGUUCUCGGUCGAGGAAGAGGAGGAAGCCCGCCCUCGUCCAUGCCAGGUCCGAGCAACCUCAACCCCCAGCUGUAUCACCACCACCACCACCGCCACCAACAGCAACAACAACAACAACAACCGCUCCCCAUCCCCCUCACACCGACCCUCCCCUCCUCGUCCUCCGCCAGCCUUCCCACCGCGGAGGCCCGCGACGCUCUGAUUGCCGGCAUGUCGAACCUGCUCGACCACAAGCUGCAGACGCGCGCGACGCAGCUGCACGCCAACUCGGCGGCCCUGGAGAGGCAGGAGAGGGACGUGAGUCGGGCGACCGAGUCGCUGCGCAGGGAGACGGCCAAGCUGGAGCGCGUGGCCCGGGACGCGGGGAGGAAGGUGAAGGAGCUGGGGAACGUGCAGAACUGGGCAGAGGUGCUGGAGCGGGAUCUGCUGGUCAUCGAGGAGACUAUCCGGCUGGCGAACCGGCCGAGAAGGCCUAGAGGUGGUGGUGGUGGUGGUGGUGAUGAUGAAGAGGAGUACGCGACCAGUGACGAAGAAGGUAGUGAGCGAUGUAGCGACUGCGAGGGGAGCUGCUGCUGGAGCGGAAGUGGAAGCGGGAGCGGCAGCGAGGAUGGUGGUGGUCGUGACGAUAAUGAUGAUGAGGACAAUGACGCUGAUAAUCGCGAACGGCUGCGAGAUCGACCAAGCGGAGGAGAUCCUUCCAACGAAAGCUCGUUUCACGUCAGAAGAGGGGGAGGUGGAGGAGGAGUCAAGGUCGAGAUUAAUGACGAUCUGCUGGCAAGUCUCAGCGAGGCGAUGCGACUCGACAUCUACGGUAAAGACAACGAGAGUAGUCACGGCGACCCGACGGAUAGUGCAAUGAGCAUGGUGUCAACUUCCGAGCAGCAGACAACGCCGUCUCUGCUGGCCGAUACGGAGAGAGGAGGAUGCUCGCAUUCUCCGAGCAGUAUCAGCGUUGACAGUCAUCUGGAUCCGACCUGA